AUGGAACUUAAAUUGGAGGAGUUGAUCAAGAAGAACCCAUCAACAAUCACUUCGGUUGAUCUUUGCCGGUCGAGUAGCCGCCUUUUCGUCAAGCAUCCUGGAGUGUUUCAGAAUUUCUCAUCGGCAACGUUGAAAUGCCAACAAGGUUUCAGAACCAACCAUGAAUUGUUGUCUCUCACAAUAGGGCAGAGGAUUGCUUUUAGCAGGCAGCCAUGUAGGAAUAAGAUUGUGUGCAAUAGUUCUCCAUUACCUGGAGUUCCAGGCCCUUCACACUCCUGGAAAGGAUGGAUGAUAGGGAUAGUAUUAUCAGUAAUUAUACCCUUUUGGAGGAACAAAUGGGCGCCCUUGCUAGCAAUGAAAAAGGAGGUGGACAUGAUUGUAGACACAGUUGAGGCAGUGGUGGAGGUGGUAGAGCAGGUAGCUGAGAAAGUGGAGGAAGUGGCAGACGAUAUAGGCGAUCAUCUUCCUGAUGGAAAGCUUAAGGAUGCACUUGAAGCAGUUGAAAGCAUAGCCAAAGAAACAGCCAAAGAUGCCCACCUUGCAGACCAGCUAAUUGAGAAGGCUGAAGAAGUGGAAGAUCGGGUAGAAGACUUCUUUGAGUCAGCCGUGGAUCAAGCAGGGAAUGUGAUCACCAAAGAUGUUGGUGAUGAACAAAAUGUACAAGUAGAAAAGAAAAUCCAGUGA